AUGCCGAAGCCGUCACCGCCCCCGAGCCCUCCAAGGCCGAAAUGGGAUUCGUCCAGGUCACCGCAUCCGCGCAGUGGCGCGGAACCAGCGCAGACCCGGUCCGCGCCGAGGUCACCCGGACGGAUGUCAGUUGGCUCGGCCUCUACGGUGAGUGAGGGCACCGAGGACGCGUCGGCGGCGGCGACCCGGGGUACGAGCCAUCCCCCCAGCCCGCCGAGGAGCCCGCACAGGCCCGGUGGUGCCCCGAGAUCCCCAGGCGGACGUUCCCCUGGCCGGAGAAACUCCGCGGGGUCCGACGAGGGCACCCCGUUCUCCGCUCAUCUCGCCUCGCUGGACGUGCAAAGGCUCGGGGGCGUUCCCGCAACGAGGCGUCAGCUGCAGCAGGCGUCGCCCCAGGAGCUGCACGACGCGCCCAUGGUUCCCCUCGAGUUUGAUAUGACGCGGCUUCGUUACACGGCGGGUCCAACGCGGCAGAAGGACACCGCCAUCGUGGCGCUCAGUCGCCAGCUCGAAGCCAUGCGAGAGAGACUAAACUCGGCGGAGCAGGCGGCGCAGGAGUCUGCGGAGAAACGCGCGCGGCAGGUGCGAAUCGCGGAUGAGCGACCGAUCGAGGUCACUCCGAUGGCGGAACUUCCGCACCCGACCGUCGGUAGGUCCCCGGCGAGCGCCGCGUUCGGCGAGCAGUCCGAGAGGAACCGACACCUCGCCGUCCUUCGCCUGGAGGACGAGUGCCGCGCGUGGAAGCUAAAGGUGGAAGCCGCGGAGAAGAGAGAGGCUGCGGCUCGGGCGCACGUCGAGCAGGAAGUACAGAGGGCGAGACAGGAGGUCUUGCUCGAAACCGCGGUGCAGCAGAGGAGAAUGCACGCGAUGCAGAUGCGCUCGCUGGCGAGGGCGUUCGUCCAGUUUGAGGAGCGGCACCUGAGGAGGGGCAUGGCAGCGUUCAAGCGUAACCACGCCGACGUCGCGUCCACUCGACAGCUUCUCCGCGUUGCGAUGCCCCAGUGGCGCAGUUUUAGGACCGCGGCUGCAUGGCGUGGGUUCAAAGAGGCGCUCGCAUGGCGCCGCAGACUGGAGACUGCGGCAUUUCGUGUCCGAUACUCGUUCUACCGUCGACUGAGCAUCAAGGUUUUCAACGCGUGGCAAUCCUUCGCCGAGCGAUCAGCGGUGGUGAAUCGCAAGACGAAACGCAAGGCUCUCGCUAUCGCGGGCACGCGCGGUGCGAUGACUAAGCGCGACGCGUUGACCGCCUGGCGCAACGCGACAGGCGGUGUGCACGUGCUCAGGCGGAAGAUCAUCAGGCUUCGACUUAAACACGUCGCGCGGUUUCAAGCGCUCGUGUUUUUGCAGUGGGCGCACGCCGCCGCGAUAUCCCGCUCGUAUCGCGAAGAGACUGAAUCGAAGGAGGCUCACGCUCUCAAGCUUCGCAUCGAGCGCCAUACACGAGGUUUUGCGAUUCGUCGCGCCGCCAAGGUUUUGAGGGAAUGGCACGGAACCGCAAGAAAGAGCGUGGUAGUCAAGGUUUCAGUCGCCAGGGCGCAGGCGGUUUGGACGCGAUCGCGAAUGACCCUGUUCUUUGGCUCUUGGGCGACGUACACCUCUGCCAUUCGCAAGUCGAGGUACUCCGGGGUUCAAUCUCUCGUCGACCACUGGCGUCGAGAGGCGAGCACCGCGGCGAAGCACCGCCGCCUUCUCGAGAGGCACGCGUCCACAUCCGUCGUCUCGAAGAAGAUUGCGGCGUUGGCGUUUCAUCGAUGGGCGAGGGACUCGGCGAUGUCCCGAGCAAACGCCGCGAUCGCCCGCGCCGAUGCGGUCGCCGCUUCGAUGGCGGCGAAAGACGCUGAGAUUGAGGCUUUGAAGCGUGCGGCGGAUGUUGAGCGACGUGGUGCAGCGGAAGCGACUGCUAGGGAGCUCGACGCGCAGAAGAAGCUCGCCGCCGCGGAGACCCGCGCGCCUCCUCUCGCGCUCACCGGCGACGGGUUAUUGGAUUGCCCGCUGGGCUGGAGGCCGUUGCGAUGCGACGGUGACGCCAGCUUCAAGAGCAACGCGGAUCCUACUGCGCCCGUCUUCUUACCCGAGUACGACGCGUCCGGGGCGGAAGACGGCGACACCCCCGAGCGUGGAUGCGCCGUGAUGAUCAUGGCUGGAGGAUCGAGGAAGGGAAAAAUGUCCGUCGCCGUGCUCGACGUGGACACCGUUGUCGACCCGGAGUCUGGAAUCCUCGAGGCAAAAACCGCAUGGUUCGCUCUUCAGAGCGUCCGUGGUACCCCUCCAGAUUGCCGCGAGAACCCCGCGGUCUGCGCUGUACCUCCCAUCGCUGCCGCUACCGCCGCGGCGGCUGCGGGAUCUGAUCCAAACACGGUCACUGGCGGCGUAUUCGUCUAUGGCGGAUACGACGGCGCGAAGGAAACAUCCGACGCGCACGUUCUUCUCCGAAGACAGUCACACGGUCGCGGCGGCGGUAAAGUCGAGGUCUCUUGGGAAUGGAUCGAGCUCGUCAAGGCGUCCAAGUCUCCAUCACCCCCUCCGCGAUCCCAUUCGAUGGCGUUUUCGACGCCUCCGCCAUUCGCGUCAUCGCCCGCCGCGCAGGAUGCACCCCGCGCAGACGUGUACAUAUUCGGCGGCUACCGAUCCGGCGCCACCCACGGUGGCCUUCGCAACGAUCUUUGGCGCCUGGACCUGGCGACUAUGCACUGGUCAAAUCCCGAGCAGUUUGGCGAUGUCCCCGCGCCGAGGAGGGACGCGGCUGUGGCUGUCUCGUUUGUGUCUUCGUCUGGCACCGGUCGCGCGUUUGUCCACGGCGGUUGCGCGGCUGACGGAGAGCCUCUGGCAGACGCGUACAGCUUUGAUAUCGCGACCAACGAGUGGUCUCGCCUCCCACCUGAUGAGACUGACUUCGAUGUCGUCGACAGGCAAGGCGACGGAGGCGAUGAUGAGGCUGAGAUUGCCGCUUUCGGCGUCGCCGCCGAGAUUGCCAAUCUUAACCGAUCAGGCGGUCUCAGUCCCGCGACGAGGUUUCCGUCGGCGCGUUCGCACCACGCGUUGGCUGUCGUCGGCGGGUCUCUCAUCGUACACGGCGGGCGGGUCUCCAACCCGGGUAACGGUCGGAGGUACCGUCAACCUGACCAUUCGGCGCACGCGCUCAACCUCGAGACGCUAACUUGGAGGUGCCUUCGAACGGGCGGGUCCACCAACGCACCGCCGCCCGCUGGUCGAUCCUCAAACCACGCAAUAUUUGCGCACAGGACGGGGGUCAUAUUCGUCGGUUCCGGCGCGACCAACGCCGCGGUUCGAGACGGCACCGCACCGCCGGUGUAUGCACUCGAGAUUGCCGCCGCGCGAGAGGGUCGUCGACUUCGCGCUGAGCUCGUCGCGAUCACGAGGGCCAAGGCAACUGCGGAAGACGAAGCCGCUCGGGCGAAAGCAUCCGCUGCAUCCGCCACGGAUGAGGUCCGGCUGGUUCGGGCUGCCGCGGCGAAGCUCAAAGAGGAGGCUGACUCGAUUGCCGCUUUAGAGGCGGAGGGGAGAGAUGCUCAGAGGGUUCUCAGGCGAAAACUGGCAGACGCUCGAGCCGAAGCACGCGACGCAGAAGCCGCCGCAGACGCCGCCGAUGUUGAGGCUGCCGAGGCUAGGGACGCGGCGGUGGUGGCUCGAUCAGGGGCGGACAACGCGAAACGCAUCGCAUUGGAGGCGCGGGAGGCGAUGCGCGCGGCAAACUCGAGGGCGGAUGCUGCUGAGGCUGCGACGAGGAGGGCUAAUCACGAGCUCAACCAGGCGCGAGCAGAGCUGAGCAGCGCCGAGCGUGACGCGCACACCACCGCGGGCAUGAUUGAAUCUGCGCGCAUCUCGGAACUCAGAAAUGAGCUCGCCAGGGUGACCAUGGAGGCUCAAGCUGCGAUUGAAGCGAAGCGAAUGGCAGAGGCGACUGCGGAGGCGGCGAAGGAGCGCAUCAGGGUCGCCGUCAAUCGGGAAGCAGACGCGGCGCGACGCGCGGCGUUGCUCGAGUCGAGACAGGAACGGAUGGCUGAGGAGAACCGCGAGGCGCAGGCUUCUCUUAGAAAGCACAUCGCCGAGCUGGAGGAUGAGGUGGCCAAGGCGACGUCGGAGAGGUGGGCGCGGGAACUCGACUCGGCGUUUGAGCCCAAGGUUCCCGCGCUCGCCGGCCCGAAGCCGCAGGUGGACGACGAUGAUUCGGAUAGCAGCGAAGAGGAGACGUCGUCCGGCAGCGACGAGUACUCGCAGGACUUUAACGACUCCGACCCGGACUUGCCGGCGAGGAUCGUGUCCAUGCUCGACGUCAGUAGACCGGCGUGGGAGGCGUCAUAAUAA